AUGACCAUCGCUCGGCAUGCCAAGUCAUCAUCACCUAGUAAGCCACAACAUCUGCCACCUGUCAAGAUUAGCUGUCAAGAUGUCUUGCAAUAUUUUGAAAUGAAAUUUGAUGCUUUUAUUGAUUAUCCACCAGCACGACAAUGCUUUUUUACGUUUCUCGAGUCGACUCAAAAUACAGAAAUCACACUCUUUCUCGAACAAAUUGAAAUUUUCAAAUCUCUUCAUUCUUCGAGCUCUUCACAUAACUACCAUCCCAGUAACUCCACCUCGACUGCCGAUUCUUCGAACACUUCUAGCACAACUUCGACAAGCUCAAAGAAAUCUUCGAUCGAUUAUUAUUUCGAUCACGAGACGGUCGAAGAUAUUUUCGAACAUCAUCUUCAUGGAGCUCCAACGCUCUCGCAAGCUGCCUUAUUGAAGGCUUGUGAAAUUGCCGAUACAUUUAUUCAAGAUCAUGCACCAAAUGAAUUAAAUUUGAAAAGUGAUACAAAAAAGAAAAUUUUGGAAAAAAUUGAAAAAAAUCGAAUUUUUUAUGGGCUUGAUAAGGAACAACUUGUUGUUCGAGAGGAAAAUGAUGAUGUGAAAGGAAAACAUGUGUCUGCAGUUCCAUUUUUGGAUUCAACAAUUUUUGAUGAUUUGGAAGCUCAUAUUUUACUUUCACUCAAAUCCAAUCAAUUUGCUAAUUUUUUGGCAAGUGACAUUUUUAAGGAUUUUGUUGAAAAUGAAUCUGUAGAGACUCUCUUCAUUUUGGGAACUCCAAGAUCAGGUCAUCAAGGAAUAAGCACAGGAGGAGUUGAUUUUUUACAACUUCUCAAUUCCAAACAUUCUCGAAAAACUUUUUCGACUCGAAUUUCACUCAAUUCACACAACAUUUUCACACUCAAUGAGGCCUUAACACUUCGAGAAGUUCAAUAUUUAAGAAAUACUCUUCUCCAAUACGAUCACACCUCUCCAAAUUGGACUUUAUUGUCAUAUUCGAAGGAGCAGGAAAUUUAUGCAACGGUCAUGGAUGGAGAUUCAUUUUGUGAAAAAUUAUUCGGAAGGAAAGAUAUGAUGUUCUACAAAUCAGUAACUCAUUAUCAGUAUGGAUCUGAUCGAGUGUACAAGGCACUCAUAGAUGUUGAAUUUAGAAAGUUUCAUACGACAGAACCAGUGAGUGCGAGUGAAAUUUCUAAAUACAUUCAAUCUGGAGGAAAAUCUCAACUUCUAACUGCAUCUCUGAAUCAACAAUUAGAUACUGUGAUUUUGACAGAAUUAUAUGAAAUGAAAUGGCCAAUUAGAAAUCGAGAAUUUAUGACAAGUUGUGCAGGUGUUCAAGUCACUCAUUCGACAAGUGUGAACUCUGGGACGUUCCAAUCCAACAACGACAACGACAACAGAACCACUGUUUCUUCUUCAUUGUCCAAUUUAGAUACAUUUUAUUUAUUCAAAAAGUCAUGCAACAACAAUCAAUAUGACUUGCAAUUGCUUGGUUCAGAGCAUUCACUUUUCAAUUCUUCCACAGCGAAUGCAUCAUCCCACUCGAAAUUUAAAAAUACUGUUCAAGGAUAUUGCUUGAGUGCACUCAAGGUAGAACCAACCUCAUCCACUUCAUGUAAAACCACACAUGUCAUGUUUGUCGAUAUGAAAGGUUUAUUGACACAAAAUUGGGCUCAGAAAAUUUUGACACACAAAUCCAAGAGUGGCAAAAAACAUGUCACGCUUUUGAAAACACCACAACAACAAAUGACUCAAUGGAUUGAGAAAGAUUCCCUUAUGGCACUCCAUUCGCCAGUGACAGAUGCAAUUUUGAAAACCCUUAGCGAAAAUGUAAACAUUUUUUGA